CGCGUUUAUUCUGUAAUUGAUCUUAAGUCUAGCUGGUUGACAGAUCGGUCUGUGUGGCUAAUACGAACUACUACUUACUUUAUAGGUACAUAUAUGAAAAGGACGUAGUGCCGCCGGACAUUAAACGAUUUCAAACACGUCGGUAAAUAUACGAGUGCAUGAACACAUAUAUACAUAUAUGCGAGUGUAUGUAUGCACUUAAAUAUCCUUAAAAUUGUGAUAAGUAGUGAAAAUAAAGAAAAAUAUCGAGUCAAAAAUAUGUACCGAAAUACAUAAAAUUAUCCUUGCUGUCGUAUCAAAGAGAUAACUGUGGCGUGCUUAAAAACGAAAUUAUUUUACUCAGUUUCUAAGUGAAAAUCGUACGGAAAUAAAUAGAUUUUCUUGCAUUCUCAAGCAAACAAUGACAAUCUCACAGCAAUUCAAAGUGAGAUGAGUUGAAAUAGUUUUUUUUUAUUAUCCACUGUGAUUAACAUAAUGCUGGAUAAAUACAUGAAUCUACUAUUGCCAUGCAGUCUGGGAUUGAUAUGGAUUUGGCUGACUGAUUCAACGAAUGCCUUAAUGAACUACACGGCAAAACCUCGAGUAGUCCUUCCACCUAAUUAUGUCAAGGAAAUGAGACCACCUUCAAAGAAAGGCUCUCCAGUGAUAGUAGACUUUAGCAUAUUUGUUGUAGAUAUUAACUCAAUCAAUGUAGAGGAUAUGGACUUUAGGGUAGAUAUGUUUAUACAUCAGCGUUGGCUUGAAUCAAGACUCGAGGUGUCCGAUGAUAUAUUUGAAGAAGGCGAUGAUUACGUAACACUACUUCCAGAAUUCUUCGACAAUCUCUGGCAACCGGAUCCGUAUUUUUUAAACUCAAAAAUUGCCGAGAUAGCAACAUUAACGCACAAAUUCACUUCGGUGACAUUGUACAAAAAUAAAACGGUUCGUUAUGCGGCGCGUAUGCAUGCGAUUAUUGCCUGUCAAAUGGAAUUUCAACUCUAUCCGAUGGAUAUACAGGUGUGCCCCAUUUACAUAGAAAGUUUCUCCUCGAAUAACAAAAAAGUGAAAUUACGUUGGUCAGAUUCUGGCGUCACUUUGAAUCCCGAACUCAAAUUGUUGCAAUACAAUCUGGGCCAGCCGCUCGAGUUGGAGGAGAGUGAUGGUUAUAUGCCCGAGAAGGUUGGAAAUUUUUCACGGUUGACGGUGUAUUUUCGAUUUGAACGGCAAAUCGGUCAUCAUCUCAUCCAGACGUUUGCGCCGUCAUCGCUUGUGGUGAUGUUGUCGUGGUUUAGUUUUUGGUUAGGACUCGAUGCGAUUCCUGGGCGUGUGACGUUGUUGGUCACAUGCAUGCUAACUUUGGUUACCAUGUUUACUGGCCUAAGGGCAGAUAUUCCGCCAGUGGCCUAUGUGAAGGCUCUUGAUCUGUGGAUGGCCGGUUGCAUGGUAUCUGUCUUCGCGGCGUUGGCGGAAUUUGUUGUUGUCAAAGUACUAGAUGUGCAAUAUCAAUAUCAAGUCAACAAAAUACCCAAAGUAUUGCCUAUGCGUAUAACCAACAUGGAAAAGGGUCAAUGUCCAACAGUGGCCAGCUGGGAGGGCGGUGCUGUGCGUUCACGAAAAUCAACACAAACGCCAACAACACCGGGGCAGACGUCGCUUCAGGGCAAUGGAGGCCCACCGAAGCCGGCGCGUCGCCAAAGUCUACUCUCGGUGGCCUGGACCGACACGGACACCGGUGUAGAGAAAAUAAUGUGGCGCGAAAUCGACAAAGUAUCUCGCGCCGUUUUCCCCAUUUUAUUCUUCGUAUUCGUGCUGCUCUAUUGGCCGAUUUUGCUGAUGAAGUCAUCCUAGGACUUAAGGAGUUCCAGAAUACAAAAUUCUGGACUCCGCUAAAGCCAGAUAUGUCUAUGUAAACUUGUAAUGUAUUGGAUGUGCCCACAUAACUAAAUAACAUAUGUACAUACGUAUCUACUUAUGUUUUUACUUAGAAAAGAAGAAGAGGAAAACGUACUGGCAAACCCAAAAUAAGUAGCUAAAUAGGAUUUAUUCUACGAAUGUGAAAAAUGUAAAAAAACAAACGGUUACUUUUCAUCUAAAUUAAAAAACAAAAAAAAAACAAAGAACAAAACUAAAGUUUGGCGUUUAAAUUGAAUAAAAAUAACGCCUUCAGUACCCCUAAAAGUAAGCCUAUUGAAAAGCAAAUUAAAAUCGAACAAAUAUUUUGCUUAAUUGUAGCCGCAAGCUCUCUUUUUUACGUACGUACAUAUGUACAUAGGAAUGCUGAAGUAAGAAAUUGUAUUACACUUAAGAGUUUAGAUAAAAAUUUAAAAAGUAGCGCUUUAUAGAGUUAAUCGUAAAUAUUUUGAGAAAUUCUUGUUUUUCUUUUAAAAAUAUUUUGUUCCGCAUUUCAAAGUAACCAGCAGUAAGUACCUAAAAGUAGUAUUACUGAUAGGAAUGAAUAUUUUGAAUAACAAAAAUCGAUUUCGGAAAUUUCGAAUAAUAUACAAAAUUUAAAACUUCAAUAUUAUCGUGCAUAGCUAUUUUCAAAUAACGUUUUUUUCGAACAUAAAAUUUCGAUAUUUUCAAAAAUUUAUAGUUUCAAAUACUACCAUUCGGAAGUGUCUAGAGACUCGAAUACCCGGGCAUGAAACACCAAAAGAUCAAAAAGUUUUUUCUAACAGCGGUCGCGCCUCGACUGGCAAUGGCAAGUCUCCGAGUAUAUUUCUGCCACGAAAAGCUACUCAAAAAAAAAUAUCUGCGUGUCUACCAUUCGAUUACCCCGGGCUCGAAACUCAUAACGGGCAUGAAACAUCUAAUGAUAGAAAAGGAGUUUUUAAUAUCGUCCGGCAGACAAUGGCAAGCCUUCGAAUGUAUUUCUGUCAUGAAAAGCUACCCAAAAAGCAACUGCCCUUCGGAGUCGGCUUAAAACCGUAGGACCCUCCAUUUCGUAGAACAACAUCAAGACGCCCACCACAAAUAGGAGGCCGAACAACCAAAAAAGGGUGUAUGCGCCAAUUUUAUAUGUAAAUGUAGUUAAAAAUUACGUGCUGCAAAAUUUCAAAUGACAUUUUUAAAAUAUGACCUUUCAUUUAUAGGUUAGGUCGAGGCGGUCUCCCUACUGUCACUUCUAGGGCUGCGUUUAUAGUCUUUAUAAUACUAUGUGGACCUAAAUAGACCCCAUUUGCUUAUGAACCUGUUCAUAUUGCGAAUCAAUUGGCCUCUUCUCAAAUGUGAUUGAUAGUCGCUUACGCUAUCGUGGUCCUACAGCUUUGCUGAUAUUCGCGAUGAAAAGGCGGUAAACUUACUCCCAGAUAGUAGAUAGUGGCGCAAAAUUAAUCACCCUAUCGAAAGAUUUCUCAUUUUUGCAAAAUCAUUGUUUUAUUUAGUAAGAAAGUUACAUGGUUAAUUUUUCGACAUCUGUAUACAUUAGGUUGGGGAAAAAGAGAUUCAUUACUUUUGAUUUUUUAUUUUCCGCAAAUGGCUUAAAACUGUUUUAUGGUCGAUCUUUAGCUCCUGGGCGAUGCUACGACUGCUAAUAGAGAGGUCAACUUCGAUUAUUUCUAUGAUUUUAUGGACAUUUUCUUUAACAUCAAAAACAAAUAACUUGAUUUUUGACUUCUACAAACGCGACUUUUUUUGGGUGGUGGCUCGUUUCGACACUUUGAUGCUUAGUUUCAGGUUCUUGUUGGAAACACCACAUUUCAUCACCCGUUACAAUGUUGUAAAGGAUGCUCUCGUCUUUUCUCGCCUCUUUAAUGAGGUCUUUCAAAUGUUGAAUUCUGAGCAGUUUUUGGUCCUCAGUUAACUUGUGCGGAACGAAAGGUGCACAGAUCUUUCGUAAGCCCAAACGUUAAGUUAAAAUGCGAUAAAUCGAUAUUUUGGAGAUAUUCAACUCCGAUUCCAUGAAUUUCAAUGAUGAUUUCGGUUCAUUUUUUAUAAAUUUACGAAUAAUUUCGAUGGAGUUUUCGGUGAUUGCUGAUUUUGGGCGGCCUAUAUGUUCAUUGCCAUUGAUAGUAUGUCCUCACAACAUUCUCUGAAACGUCUAAACCACUCAUGAACUCUGGCACGAGGUAAACGAUCAACGCCAUAAAUUUUUUUUUAUUAAUUCAAAUGUUUCGGUAAACAUUUUACCGAUUUUAAAACAAAAUUUGCUAUUAGCUCUUUGUUCGAAACUCAUUUUUGUACCGAUGACACAAAUAUACUGGCACUUUAGAUGAAAUAACUUUACUUCCACUGAACUGAAUGUAACCAAGGUUUCCCUGGAAGUCAGCCAGGGAUGUAAUUUCCAACGGACUAAGCCUUUAAAAAGAUCGCGCUAUCAUAAACAUUUUUAUGGCGCCAGUAUUGUUUAUUUUGGAAUUUUCUUUGUAUGAAAUGUCACCUUGACUACGAGCAUAAACUUUAAAUUGUUUGAUCGAACUUUACGAGAUAUCGAUCACUACAGCCAUCUGCCGGGAAAAUAAUGAAUUUAUUUUUCUUCAAACUAAUAUAUUCCUUGAUUCGUGAUUAUUUUGCUAUGCCAUCUUAUUUGCAGGAUUAGUGCCAAGUUUUAUUGGAAAACUGUGUUGGAAAAAAUACAAUAGUUAAUUGUCUACAAAACUUUUUGUGAAAAAGUGAUGAACGAUUAGUUAUUUUUGAGGUGAAAUUUGCAAUGUUACUUAUAGCUUGGAAAAAAAUUGAUAAACGAUAACGAAGCCAUACAUAUAGAAUUUCAAUACUUCAGAUAGAGUUUCGGUAAUGUUUCAACUUAAAACUUUCAAUAUAUGUAUGCAUAUAUACAUAUACCGAUCUGCCAUAUUUGGGAAAUAUGUAAGUUGCUUUCGCAGCUAGAAUUUCAAACAUUCUUUUUUGAAAAUAAUUGGUGCUUUCAAAAUGAUAAUAAAAAUUGCAUAUAUAGUGCAUAUGCAAUUCUAGGUUUAUUCGCAAAAUAUCGUACGUAUAAAUAAUCAGAAACAAAAAAAAAACAAAGAAAAUUUUAGCAUAUACAAACGCACACAUAAUUUUGCUACUAAUUAUCUAUAGGUAUAUACAUAAAUACAUGCAUAGCAAAUGUAAAUGCACCUUCAGUUUAGCCACGCAGAUGAUUCGAAUUAAGUGCGCUCAAAAAGUUUCGAACACUUGUUAAACGCGGUGAUUAUACAAAAAUGUUAUUGUAAUAUGUGAUUGAGCUUCUUAGUACACAUAUGUAUGGAUGUAUGUACAAUUAAUUAUUAUAUAUUGUACGAUUUAAUAUUUUUAAGUAAAAAAAAAAUUCAUUAUUUCGGCUGUACCGAAAUUUUACAAAAUUAUUAUUUAUAAAUGAAUAGAAUGUUGAAAUAUAAACGUAUGUAGAUAGUUUGAUAGUUUACUUUGGCCAAUCGUCUAAGUAUUUGUAGAUAAAAAAAACAGGCAUUUUAUCAGAAUGAAUUUUCUUUUUCGGCAUAUAAUUAAAGGAAAAAUAACGAAAUAGAUUUUUGGUUUUUAUUCUUACAUAAGUCUUGUCGAUUUCGCAAUUGUAUGUGAGCCAAUGCAUCGACAUUUUUUCAGCCUUGGAAAUCAACGAAGAGUUUCUCUUGCCAGCAAAUGCUACUUUAAACUAAGUAGGCAAUUAAAAC